AUGGUGUGCACGCGGAGCUCCUCGAUCGUUCUGCCAUCCGGACCCACGGACCACAGGCUUUUGUCGCCCCGUUCUCCUCCGCCCGGCACCCUUUUCGAGCUUUGGGUGCGGGUGCUCGGCGAUCACGUCGUUGUUUUUCCUGUGCGGAGUGAGUGUGUCCUCGAUGCCCCGUUCUCCUCCUCCUCCUCCCCCUCCUCCUCCUUGGAGCCGUCUGGGGGUCUAAGGUGGCACAACACUGGUUUUGCGUCCUGGCUGCUCGAGGGAGCCUCAGGCGCUAGUAGCGACAGAUACCAAGUAUAUUACAG